AUGGCGGCCACGUACGACCCGACCGCGGUGGAGGCGGACUGGUAUCCGUGGUGGGAGAAGUCGGGCUUCUUUAGGCCCGUCUCGGACCACCAGCCUGAGACCUCAGCCAAGCCUUUUGUGAUUGUCGCCCCGCCACCGAACGUCACUGGCUACCUGCACCUGGGCCAUGCCCUCACGGGCGCUGUGCAGGACACCCUCACUCGCUUCCACCGCAUGAAGGGUGACAACACCCUCUACCUGCCCGGCACUGACCACGCCGGCAUCGCCACCCAGGUCGUCGUGGAGCGCCGUGUCAUGAAGGAGGAAGGCAAGAGUCGCCACGACCUCGGACGCGACGAGUUCACGAAGCGUCUGUGGGACUUCAAGAAGAACCACGCUGGCGUCAUCACAGAGCAGCUGCGCAAGAUCGGCUUGUCGCUUGACUGGACGCGCGAGCGCUUCACGAUGGACGAGAGGUCGUCUGCGGCUGUUGUGGAGGCGUUUGUGCGCCUGCACGAGGAUGGUCUGGUGCACCGCGACACGCGUCUGGUGAACUGGUGCUGCGCGCUCCAGAGCGCCAUCUCCGACCUAGAGGUGGAGUUCGUCGACGUAGCCAAGUCAUCCAAGAUGACUGUUCCUGGCUAUGACCGAAAGGUCGACAUGGGAAGCCUCACUCACGUCGCCUACAAGCUGGUGGACAGCGACGACGAGUUGGUGAUUGCGACGACGCGUCCGGAGACGCUGCUGGGCGAUACGGCCGUCGCUAUCCACCCCGACGACGAGCGUUACAAGAAGUUUCAUGGUAAGUUCCUCAAGUGUCCGUUCCGUGACGCCGUCAUUCCGGUCGUACUGGAUGCGACGCUGGUCGACAUGAGUUUCGGUACCGGCGCAGUGAAGAUCACUCCGGCUCAUGACCCAAACGACUUUGAGUCCGGCAAGCGCCACAACCUGCAGCAGCUGGUCAUGAUGGACCUGAAGGGCUACGUGACGAUGGAGCCGUUCAAGGGCAUGCACCGCUUUGACUGCCGCCGCGAGAUAGUGAAGAAGCUGGAGGAGAUGGGUCUGCUGCGCGGCGUGGAGCCGUACGAGUACCGCGUGGGCUGCUGCGAGCGCACAGGUGACAUUGUAGAGCCGAUGGUAAUGCCGCAGUGGUUCAUAGACUGCUCCGACAUGGCCCGCCGCUCCGUCGAGGCGGUGCGCAACGGCGACCUGCGCCUGUAUCCUCCUUCGCACGAGGCGGUAUGGUACCACUGGCUGGAGAACAUCAAGCCGUGGUGUGUGUCGCGCCAGCUCUGGUGGGGCCACCGCAUCCCUGCCUACAAGGUUGUCGGUCCGCUGUCGCAAGACGUGGACCCGUGGGUGGUUGCUCGCAAUCUGGAGGAGGCGCACGCGAAGGCCAAGAAGAAGUUUAGCCUGAGUGAAGCGCAGAUCGCGGAGUGCUCGUUUGAGCAGGACCCAGAUGUGCUGGACACCUGGUUCAGCUCAGGCCUGUGGCCCUUCUCCACGCUUGGCUGGCCCAACGACUCGGAUGACAUGCAGCUCUUCUUCCCGAACUCGUUAAUGGAGACCGGCCACGACAUUCUGUUCUUCUGGGUGGCUCGCAUGGUGAUGCUUUCACUGCACUUCACUGACCAGCUGCCCUACAGGGAGGUCUUCCUGCACGCGAUGGUGCGCGAUAAAAACGGCGAAAAGAUGUCCAAGUCGAAGGGCAACGUCAUCGACCCACUCUACGUCGUCCACGGUGUGUCGCUGCAGACCCUGAACGACGCAGUACGCAGCGGCAACCUCAGCGACAAGGAGGUGGAAAAGGCGAUCAAGCAGCAGAAGGAGUUCUUCCCUGACGGUAUUCCAGUGUGCGGUAGCGAUGCCUUGCGCUUUGGCCUCCUCUCCUACACCCAGUCUGGUCGCAGUGUCAACCUGGACAUCCAGCGCGUCGUGGCCUACCGCCAGUUCUGCAACAAACUGUGGAAUGUGGUGCGCUACGUGCUGUACCACGCCUUGGGUACCGACUACUUACCGAACAAGCAGCAGUUCAGUCCUGCCGAGGACGCUGCCGUGCUACCACUCGAGUGCCGCUGGAUUCUCUCGCGCCUCGACACCGCCAUUGUGGAGGCCACGCAGGGCAUGUCGGAGGGCCUGUACGACUUCGCAUUAACCACCGGUGCCGUGUACCGCUUCUGGCUGUACGAGCUGUGCGACGUAUUCCUUGAGCUGACGAAGCCGACCAUUCAGAAGGGCGGCGAGAAGCGGCAGCUGGUGCAGGACGUGCUGCUGUACGUCGUCGAGAGGGCGCUUCGGCUGCUACACCCGAUGAUGCCGUUCGUCACAGAGGAGCUUUGGCACCGCCUGCCCAACUACAGCAGCUUCGGCAGCGAGUCGAUCAUGGUUGCUAAGUACCCGACGCCAUGUGGGUGGUCAAGCGCGGAGUCGGAUAGCGCCAUGUCAAUUAUCCUCGACGUCGUGCACAGCGUACGCUCCACUAAGGCCUCGUACUCACUGACGAACAAGCACAAGCCGGACGUGUGGGUGACAGCGCACACACCGGAGCUGCAGGAGCUGUUCGCGGCGGAGACGAUGAUGAUUUCGACGCUCGGUGUUGUGGGCGAGGUGACUGUCGUGUCCCCGGCCGAGGAGGCGGCGGCGGUGCCGAAGGGCUGCGGCUUCUCCUUGGUGACCAAGGAGGUGGGCGUGAACAUGAUGCUCAUGGGCUUCAUCGAUGUGGGGAAGGAGGUAGCCAAGUUGGAGAAGCAGCUGGACGGCCUCACGAAACAGAUUGAGGGACUGAAGAAGAAGAUUUCAAUCCCCAAUUACGAAGCUAAGGUGCCAGCGGAGGUCCGCGCAGCCAACAUGGAGAAGCUCAACACGCUGGAGAUGCAGAGGGUGCAGCUGCAGGAUGGUGUAGGAAAGAUGAGAGGCCUCGAGUAA